AUGGCGGCGGCGGUGCUGAGGGACCCCCCUCAGGGCAGUGUGACCUUUGAGGAUGUGGCUGUGUACUUCACUUGGGAAGAAUGGGAUCUUCUCAAUGAGGCUCAGAGACACCUGUACCUCGAAGUGAUGCUGGAGAAUUUGGCACUUACAUCUUCACUGAUUUUACAUCAUCAGAGGCAGCACAUUAAAGAAGCACCCUUCAGAAGUUAUGUGGACAGUGCUUCAUUUAUAAAGAGCUCCACAGUCCAUGUGUCAGGGAAACCUUUUACCUGCAAAGAAGUUGGGAAGGGCUUUCUGGCCAGCAUGGGAUUUUCCCAUGAAAUGGCCACUCACACAGGGGAGAAACCAAAUAACAAGAAUAAGUAUGGGGUGACCUUUCAUAGUGGAAAGAGUCAUCAUAGCUUGGGAGACUAUAAGAACACUUUCAGCUAUGCAGACAUGCUUGUUCAGGACCAGAGUGUCCUCACUAGGGAAGGACUGUUUGAGUGUAACAAGUGUGGGAAAGCCUGUACACGAAGAUGUAAUCUCAUUCAGCACCAGAAAGUCCACAGUAAAGACAGGCCUUACGAAUGCAGUGAAUGUGGAAAGUUCUUUACCUACUACUCCAGCUUCAUUAUACAUCAGAGAGUUCACACUGGAGAAAGACCAUAUGAGUGCAAUGAAUGUGGGAAGUCCUUUAGCCAGAUCUAUAGCCUCAAUAGCCAUAGGAAAGUUCACACUGGAGAAAGGCCUUAUGAGUGUGGGGAAUGUGGGAAAUUUUUUAGCCAAAGGUCCAACCUCAUUCAACAUCAGAGGGUACACACUGGAGAAAGGCCUUAUGAGUGCAGUGAAUGUGGGAAAUCCUUCAGCCAAAACUUUAGUCUCAUUUAUCACCAGAGAGUACACACUGGAGAAAGACCUCACGAGUGCAGUGAGUGUGGAAAAUCCUUUAGCCGAAGCUCUAGCCUCAUUCACCACCGGAGACUUCACACUGGAGAAAGGCCUUAUGAAUGUGGUGAAUGUGGAAAGUCCUUUAAGCAGAGCUCUAGCUUCAGUUCACAUCGGAAAGUCCAUACAGGGGAGAGGCCCUACGUGUGUGGGGAAUGCGGGAAAUCCUUUAGUCAUAGCUCCAACCUCAAGAACCACCAGAGAGUCCACACUGGAGAAAGGCCUAUUGAGUGUAGUGAAUGUGGAAAGUCUUUUAGCUGCAAAUCUAACCUCAUCAAACACUUGAGGGUUCACACUGGAGAAAGGCCUUAUCAGUGCAGCGAAUGUGGGAAAUCUUUCAGCCAAAGUUCCAGCCUCAUUCAACACCAGAGAAUUCAUAAUGGAAAGAAGCCUUAUCAGUGCAGUGACUAUGGGAAAUCCUUUGGCUGCAAAUCUGUCCUCAUUCAACACCAGAGAGUUCACACUGGAGAAAAGCCUUAGCUGC